CUAGAGGCCCAGGCAGCGCCACACAACAGUGGCAGUAUCGACAAACGUUCACACAACGUUUAGACGUAACAACUCUGUGUCACUUCAUUUCUUAUUUUAGUAACUAGAUCAUUUCAAACUUAAAUUUUUCCCGUUUUAGUUGUUUAAGUGUUAAGUGUAUUUUAUGAUGUUUUAAUAACACGAAGUGCGACACCCAUAUAUGCAAUAUUAGGCAAUUACGUAAUGGGAAUUAUUAUGCUAGAGAAGUUUAAAGUUUUACCCUGAAAUUCAACAUGGCCGCUGACACAGGAAUGGAUACUUGCUCCAGUCCGGAGAUCACGGACUCCAGAAAGCGCCCGCUGGACGGGGACUCUGAGAAUGGCGACGUCAAGAGGUCGCACUUCAGCUCCGUGCAAGACCUGGUGACGGCCUUGCCUCUGGCCAACGGCCAUGGCAAUAUUACGUCUCAUUUCGCAGUGGAGCCGACAUACCACUUCAAGGUGCUGGUGCCGUCAAUGGUGGCUGGCGCCAUCAUCGGCAAGGGCGGCGAGACUAUCGCGCAGCUGCAGAAGGACACAGGUGCGAGGGUCAAGAUGAGCAAGUCCCACGAUUUUUAUCCUGGUACGACGGAAAGGGCGUGCCUGAUCACCGGCUCCGUCGAGGGCAUCAUGGUGGUGCUGGACUUUAUCAUGGAGAAGAUCAAGGAGAAACCCGAGCUGGUCAAGCCCUUCCCCGAGGGAGUAGACACCAAGAUGCCCCAGGAUAGAGAUAAACAGGUGAAGAUCCUCGUGCCCAACUCCACGGCGGGCAUGAUCAUCGGCAAGGGCGGCAACUACAUCAAGCAGAUCAAAGAGCAGAGCGGCAGCUACGUGCAGAUUUCGCAGAAGGCCAAGGAACUUUCUUUACAAGAACGCUGCAUUACUGUCGUAGGCGAAAAAGACAACAACAAGAAGGCCUGCCUCAUGAUCCUCCAGAAAGUAGUGGACGACCCGCAGUCCGGGUCGUGCCCGAACGUGUCGUACGCGGACGUGGCGGGGCCCGUGGCCAACUACAACCCCACCGGCUCGCCCUACGCCGUGCCCACCGCCGAGGUGACCGAGAGCCACGCGCUGGGCGCAGGUGUAGUCGGUGGUUCCGUGCUGGUGAACGGUUCUGGACUCGGCGCACUCAGCCUCACGCUGUCGCUGGCGCCGCCCGGCUCGCAGCAGCAGACACCCCUCACGCAACACACGCUGGACCACAUCAAGGUAUGCCACAUGCCUGGUGCUGGUGGACGGUUCUGGACUCGGCGCACUCAGCCUCACGCUGUCGCUGGCGCCGCCCGGCUCGCAGCAGCAGACACCCCUCACGCAACACACGCUGGACCACAUCAAGGUAUGCCACAUGCCUGGUGCUGGUGGACGGUUCUGGACUCGGCGCACUCAGCCUCACGCUGUCGCUGGCGCCGCCCGGCUCGCAGCAGCAGACACCCCUCACGCAACACACGCUGGACCACAUCAAGGUAUGCCACAUGCCUGGUGCUGGUGGACGGUUCUGGACUCGGCGCACUCAGCCUCACGCUGCCGCUGGCGCCGCCCGGCUCGCAGCAGCAGACACCCCUCACGCAACACACGCUGGACCACAUCAAGGUAUGCCACAUGCCUGGUGCUGGUGGACGGUUCUGGACUCGGCGCACUCAGCCUCACGCUGUCGCUGGCGCCGCCCGGCUCGCAGCAGCAGACACCCCUCACGCAACACACGCUGGACCACGUCAAGGUAUGCCACAUGCCUGGUGCUGGUGGACGGUUCUGGACUCGGCGCACUCAGCCUCACGCUGUCGCUGGCGCCGCCCGGCUCGCAGCAGCAGACACCCCUCACGCAACACACGCUGGACCACAUCAAGGUAUGCCACAUGCCUGGUGCUGGUGGACGGUUCUGGACUCGGCGCACUCAGCCUCACGCUGUCGCUGGCGCCGCCCGGCUCGCAGCAGCAGACACCCCUCACGCAACACACGCUGGACCACAUCAAGGUAUGCCACAUGCCUGGUGCUGGUGGACGGUUCUGGACUCGGCGCACUCAGCCUCACGCUGUCGCUGGCGCCGCCCGGCUCGCAGCAGCAGACACCCCUCACGCAACACACGCUGGACCACAUCAAGGUGGCGCUGCGGCAGUCGGGGUACUCGGACGCGGGCAUCUCGGAGAUCUCGGCGGCGCUGGCGCUGCUGGUGAAGCACGGCGUGCUGGGGCUGGCGCUGCCCGCCGCGCUGCCCGCCGCGCCGCUGUCCGCCGCCUUCUACCCGCUGCCCGCGCAGGACCAGCCCGUGUUCGGCCCGCUGUCGCAGGUCGGCCUAGCGCGAAACGUUCUAAUGUAAUCGCCACAACUCCUGCCACGUGCACACUCCCGGUCCGCAGGCGGCGGCCGCGGCGCGUCGUUAGAGCGUUUCGCGGAGGUAGCAUUCGAUGCGCUUCGGCCCCCAGCCGUGGCGCCCAUCUCGCUGUCGGCGCAAGUGGGCUCCGUGGCCGGCGUGGCCGGCGUGCCGUCCGUGCCCGGCUUCCCGGCCGCCAGCCUGCUGCCGCUCAGCAAGUCGCCCGCGCCGCCCGCGCCCGCCGACCACAGCGCCAAGGACUCCAAGAACGUCGAGAUCGCCGAGGUCAUCGUCGGCGCCAUCCUCGGUCCGGGUGGGCGCAGCCUGGUGGAGAUCCAGCAGAUGUCGGGCGCCAACAUCCAGAUCAGCAAGAAGGGCACGUUCGCGCCCGGCACGCGCAACCGCAUCGUCACCAUCAGCGGCUCCGCCUCCGCCAUCGGCAACGCGCAGUACCUCAUCGACCAGAAGAUCCAGGAGGAGGAGCUCAAGCGCACGCGCCACAAACGCACUCUCCGCCGCCUCCGUGUCCGCCGCCACCGCCGGCCUCAUGCAGUAGUCUAGUCACACACCGCGAGGCAGUCGACAGUUACCCUGCCGCCGACAAAUCCCACCCCCACCCGACACAUCGUUUUUUAUGUGUAUAUAAUCACUAGUUCUUUCGAUUUUUGUGAGAAAGUAAAUACUAGGGUUUCCUUCUCCGUGUGAAACAUAAAAAUAUCUCAUAAAAAAGAUGUUUUGGGACACCUCUCAGGAUCGAAAGAGCUCUUGAUUCUCAUAGAAACGUACACAAAAUGUAACGCGUGGGGGUUCGGUUUGCAGCGGCCUGCCAGUCGAGUGAUCGUCUCGUCGCAGCUCCGGCCGCCGGCCGCACGAGUAUCGGGGCCGUGCAAUAUGCAACGCGACCCGCCGCGGCUCGCGUCGGCACAUAGUUACCUAUUUACAAAUAGAUUUUAUUAUAUAUUAAUGAUUUUAUGCAUGUACUAUAGUGUUGGACAUAUAUCUGGUAUAUUUUGUUCGUCGCGGUCUGCCUAGCAGAGGACAUUGUUGUGUAAGAUUAAUGAAGUUACGAUUGUGAUAAAUCCUAUCACGGAAAUUCCUAUUCCAUGCACAUUUUAUUUUUGUAUAUUGUUCACCGUGCAUCGCAUACAUUUUAUUUACAGAGUUGUUUUCAUUGUAAAUGUUACCAUUGAUAAGUUAUGUUUAGUUAGGUUAGUUGAAACUUGGAUUCGGAUAAGCGAGCCGCCUAAGCCUCGGUUGACAUAAUAAUUUUGUUUCGUUUUAUAUUUGACUCUCGAAUGUCCGGCUAGCGGAGUCGUCGUCAUUCCUGAUUUCUGAAGGUGAAGAUCUUUAUUUUUUAUACAUUUAUAAAUAUUUCGUUUUAUUUUUGUUAGGAACGUUUCGCAGCCGUCGUCCGGUCUAAAAUCGUUUAACAACAAUAUAAGUACAAUCUAAAGAAAAUGUUAUAAUGCAUGUCCAGAAUAGUAGAGAAUUAUAUUUGAAGAAGCGUAUCGUUGCAGAUAUGAUAAUAUUGACAAUAUGACAGAAAGUUAUUUACAGUCGGAGAAGGCCGGGCGCGCUCGUGCCGCUCGCAGGCCUCGCCGCUCGGCCGCCAGUUACCUCCCGUGCCAUGUUGUGAGCGGGCUCGAGGGCCCAGGUUCGAGUCUCGGCCCGAGACCCGCGACCCUGUCCGCUGCCCGUGCGGCGAUAUACUUAUCGAGGAAUAGAAGUACAAAUGAAAUGUAAUAAAUAAUAAUAAUGAAUUCGAAUCGGCUUAAAGAGUUAAUGUAUGUAACGUACGAUAGCGUGUAAGAUAAGGAAUUGAGAGGCGUUUCUCGAGCUCGCCGCCGCCGGCGUGGCGGUGGCGCGGCCUGCCGUAGACUAGCGUAACUAUGUACCCUGUAGCUAGAACUUAUUAUAUAUUCAAUCUUUAAAGUGUAGGUAUCGCUGUUAACUUUCCGGUGUUUUCGACUUUCUCAUUCAUCUUAAUAUAUACGGGGUAGUGCAGAUAUCGUCUAGUGUCAAUUAUCGGGCGGGCGGGGCGCCCGGCCCCGCCUGGAUGUCGAUUAUACGCGCUCAAUUUUAUUGGAACUAAAUCUUCAUUAGUCUGUACGUGUAAGUGACUACGUCAAUUAUUGUAAACGUUCGGUUGAUGCCACUCGGCCGGAGCCCCGUUAGUCCUCUCUUCACUCGUCUCCUCUCGCACCGGUCCCUGAGUUACUUGCCUCUCGUUGCGGCGGGCUCGCGCCGCCGGCGCCGCGGCACCCCUCGCCGUCGCCUCGGCCGCCAAGCUGCCUCGGCGCCGCGAACUCGCCGAUUCUUAAAUAGUUAUCGAUGGAAUUCUAGUUAGUUAUAAUUGUCAUUAAAAACAAUAUAAAGGUAUGUAUAGAUAAUUUUAAAAUAACUGGAAAAUGUUAAUGUUGUUAUACUGAAGUUGUUACAAUAUUUGAGAGUAUAUUAACGUGAAUACAGAAUAAUAAUUUUAGUGCGGUACUAUCCGUUUAUCGCGUGGGAAGAUAAUAAAUGCAACGUCGUCCGGAAUAUUUUGUGUAUCGAAUGAAUUCAGGAAGGGAAGAGAACAAGGUUGAUACUGUUUCUGUGAUACUGACAAAUACGCCGCGCUGGCACGCUUCCCGCACCCCUAGCGCCGCCCGGGCGCCGCGUGUCCGCGAGGCCGCCGCUGCCCGGAGCGAUGGCGGCCUCGCCGGGCGCUCGAGCAGCAGCAGGCAGCCCGAGGCCGCGGCCGUAGUCAGCACCCGGACAGCGGCCCGUCGUGUGUAGUCAGUAGAGCCGCACCCACUCUCGUUACUAGCGCUGUUACACUUAGGUAAGUUUCAAUGUUGUAGGCUAAGGUAGCUAGCGAGCCUCACGAGCGGCCCGCACACGCGACCGCGCAUCUCAUCUUUUAAUUUUAUAGCUAAAUGUUGUUGAAUUUGUUGAUAGAGUGGUUUAUCGUAUAGUUUAGAGGUAUACGUGGAGGCAGCCGUCGGGUGCGCUAGGCUAGUAAGGUUCGAUACUGUGUUUAGGAUCAUGGCUGUGCGUUCAAGUCGAACUCAACAUUAAGACAUCACCAUAACGCUUGUUUUGGGCGCGAAUCGCACGCGGCCCGCACUCUGUAUAUAAUUGCAUAGCAUUUUCAUUUACGUUUUCUCCUUGCUCAUUGUCAUCAAUUUAUUAAAGACUGAGGAAUCAACUUGCGCAUAUUGACAUUGUCACGAACGCGUCCCGAGAGGUAGGGAAUAUUGUAAUAUAAUUGUUUGUCAUUAAAAUUUUCACUCGGUUUCAUGUGGAGUCCGACGGACGUAGUCGCGUGCGAUUCCCGCAGUACACUCGCCGUUUUGUAUCGAGUACCGUAAGUUAGGCUAGAUCUAGGAGGGGUUCGUAAGAGUUCACUGGUUUAGGGAUAGGGGAAGGCACCCAGCAUCGGACGUGCCAGCGCUCAGAGCCAGUUGUGACAGAGAACGACUAGACCCGGGAGCCUCUCGUUACACGCGUGUUGCUGUCCUUGUCACUCCGCUCGCAGCCGCCUGGUCACGCCCGAUGCUGUCGUAGGAUAAGUUUGUCAGAACGUUGUGAGUGUACGGUGUGUAAGCGCCGCCGCGUGUGGCAUGCGCCACGGCGGUCGACCGCGUGCCGCACGUGCCGCACGCCGCGGCGGCCGAGCUGCAGUCCAAGCGCCGUUCAGUCGUUGUCUCAUCACCUUUACACAUGUUGAGAUUGAUAUGUUGUACUAAUUCUAUUGAAUUAUAACUUGUUGCGUAUAAUAAGUAUGUAGACAGGCGCCGGUUCGGUGCGUUAUGUAUAAUAUCGAUAUGUUGAAAACAUUUGUUGCUGUACAGUUUCAGUGAUGGAAUUUUUAUUUUUUAUUAUUAGUUAUUUUGUUAACUUGGUUUACGACAAACGGGUCAGCAAUCUUAUGUAACGAGAAAUAAUUUCUAAUUAAGUUUGAAUUGAAAUGUUGAAUAAUAUCUAUUGAAUUUAAAUUUGGGUAUAUUAUAGUCAAUGUUAAUAUUUAGUUGUACUGUCGAUAUUGAUUUUCUAAUGAAUGUUAUUUUGCAAUGUUGUAAACGAUACGAGGUAUAGAGGGAGGUUACAAUGUCUUAGUGUUUAAAAGCUCGAAAACCAAUUAAAAGGUACCUUGAACAUUGUCUAUAUUAUAUUAACAUUAAAUAAAUUGCAAAACGA